AUGGUGCCGCGGGAGAAGGAGGGUGGCGCCUUCGUGUACUUUCGAGCACCGCCCACCUUUGUGCUCCAGGCGUUUCGACCCGCCGUCCUGCGGCGCCCGUGCGAGGUGACGAAGAUGCGCUUCGUGCCCACGGACGACAUCUUGCUGAAGGUCUCGGAGGGCAUCUGCCAAUACUUCAGGACACAUGAUGUCCGCGCCUUCCUCUGCCCUCAUCCAGUGCGUGCGCACCGAGUGAAAGGAACGCCCUACUUAGAGGACUUUGCGAGCCGGUAUCCCUCCUCGCAGCUGCAGAUUCGCUUCGACCCCACGGGACAGGUCAAAGAGGAGCAGCUCUAUGAGAUUCUCAGGCGUUAUGGACAGCUGGAAGACCUCCAGGCCACGGAGCAGGGCUACUUGGCCUCCUUUCGCUACACCGCCGGCGCGGUGGCGGCGCGGAACUGCCUCCACCGGGCGCUGGUGGAGGCCGAUGGGGCCAAGAACGCCGACGGACCGCGGUUCCAGAUCGACUACAAGCAGUUCAUGCAGAAGUGGAUUUGGGAGACGAUCACCUCCAACGCGCGGCUCAUCUUCCCGAUCUUCGUGGUGCUCAUGUUUGGCACGACGUACUUCAUCUGGGAUCCCAUGCGCAGCGCCUUCGUCCACCUGAAGAUCGCCUCGAUCUUCUCCUCGCCGCCGCCGUCGUCGAAGGCGUCGAACACGGCGGCGCCGUCGUCUGUGGCGAAUGGAUCUGCGGAGGUGUCCACAGGCUACCAGGGCCUCCAGGGCUUCCUGCUGCGUUUUGUCUCUGAAGCUCGCGCGAGCCUGCGGCCCAAGACCAGCGCCCGAGGCACCAAUAUCGACGUCCGGCGAGCGGGGAAGGAGGCUGCGGGUUGGGCGAGGCCGCGGGCAUGGCUGAUUUGCCUCCCACCCAAAAAGCGCACCAUGGGGCCGAAGCACGGGGAGAAGGAUCAGACGAACCCGAACCCAUCUUCGAACCGGAUCAGAGACCUCUUCAACGACUUCUGGGCCGAACGGCAGGCGGAGAUUGCUGAACUAAAGGACUGGGUGGAUCAGCCGCCUGAGCGGGUCUUGUUGCUCACGGGGCACCGGGGCAAUGGCCUGCACGAGAUGAUGAAGAAGCUCAUAGGAGCCCGGGAAGGAGGACGGACGCUUGAGAUCAACGUCCGAGACAUGCUCGAGGCGGGCAAGGGAGGCAGCUGUGUUGGUCUAGUCCAAACCUCUCCUGCGAAGUGGACGAAGUGGAAGCACAUGGAGAUUCUAGAGCAUAACCCUUCAGAAACCUUGUGA